UUACAUUUAAAAUACAUGGAAACAGAGACAACUGAUCUGGAUUUACCUGAUGACGAUGAACUGGCAGAAGCCUUUGAUAUGCACUCUCUGAUUAUUUCCAGUCUUAACACAGAUGAAGGUCAUCUGGCCACUGCUGAUGAGGUCAUUAAUGAAAUAGAGCACAUGAUGCAGGAUUCCCCAAGUGAAGAGUCACCCGAGGAAGAGGAGGAAAUAUCUGAGGAAAUGGAUAGUUAUACAAAAGUGAAAGAAACUUUAAAACAUUUGCAAACAAUUACAGAAACAGGUAUGUUUAUUACAGUUUGCCAUCAAUUCUAAGAAAGUUUUUAGUAU